AGUAUGUACGUAUGUACAUAUGUAUAUAGCGGAAUAAGUGUACAUUCAUCUACAUACGUACAUUAAUAAAUAUUAUUGAUAUAUAAAUAGCGAAGAGUUUCGAUGAUCUAACAUAUACCCCUAUCAUCAACGCUUCCUAUUGAAUAUUAACCCAAGUACGUACAUACAUAUGUACUCAUCGGAUGUCCAUAUGUGUUUAGUUAUAUUUGCAGAAUAUAAUUAAUCAUUAAUUUUGUUUUCACUCUCGCUGUAGAAACAAAGGUUAUGCCGUCGGAUAAGCUUGUGUUUUCAACAAUUUAAUACAGUUUACCCUUUCACCAUAUGUAUGUAUGUACCUACGUAGAUAUAUUUUAUGAACACUCAAUCUUUAAAGAGUCGGAAAUGUMUUUUACUAAUACAGUUAAUAUACAUAUGUAUGUAUGUGCAUAUAUACCAUAAGUGGGAAUAUAUAAUUGCAUUUACAUAUAAUAUAUGUAUGUACAUAUGCACUUUAGCGUAAUUAUUUUUCAACUAGCUUCGUAUAGCUAGUAAGGUCAUACCGGAUUGGAUAAUAUAGACAAAAAUAAUACGCAUUAAGAAUGACAAAUAAAAACAUAUCCGUUCUUAAUUAUCAUCUCAUUUUCAUAGAACACUUCGCCGAAACCCAGAGUAUUUUUGACAUCAACAGGAUGGCGCAAAUAGAAAUGCAGRAGGUUUUUAAAUGGGUGCAUGAGCAUCGGUUAUAUGCCACAUUUAGUCCUAUGAUAUGUGGCAUUUGUUUAGCAUUUUUUUCAUAUAUGCUUGUGUAUUUGGAUAGCGACGUGCCAGGUUUAAAUCCUCCUUCACCUUUUUCACCGGUAAAACAAACAUAUCUUCGCGAACGACGCAGUGCUUUACAUUUGGGUUAUAUAAUGGCUUUAGCUUCUGGUUUAAUAUUCACUAUCUUUUUGUAUUGUGAUUUGAGUAGUGUAAACUAGCUUGAAAAUUAUUCAUGGAUAGUACCUAUUAAGAAAAUAUUACUAAUGAAUUAAAAAAAAAUAAGUACAAAUUAUCUUAAGUAUUCAAAAAAGUAUUAGUAUCCUUUAAUACCUACAAAUGCAUAAGUGUACAUAUUUGUAGAUGUCUAAUCAAAUAUACCUGAUUAUUUUCAUA